AUGUUGUUUUCUCCCUGGGUUGAUACUCUUGCUUGUCUGCUCGCCUUUGGAGCGUCGGACAUUGGUGCCACCGUCAUCAGACAAGGAUAUUCACAUGGACUUCCUUCACUUCCCGAGGCCCCUCACGCUGGACAUCAUGGCUCUAACAUGACCAGACUGCACGGAGGUGUUGCCUCGGAAAGCACCAUCUGUUCUGGCAUUGGACGCGACCUGCUUCUGAGAGGAGGAACAGCUGCUGAUGCAAUGGUUGGAACUACGUUCUGCGUUGGCGUGAUUGGCAUGUAUCAUUCUGGAGUUGGUGGUGGUGGUUUCAUGCUGGUCAGAGGUGCCGACGGAGAGUAUGAGUUCAUUGACUUUCGCGAAACGGCACCUGCGGCCGCCUUCCAAGACAUGUACAAGAACAACACGAAUGCAAGCAUUUAUGGAGGCUUAGCAAGGUAUGUCUUGAAAGACGAACACAACUCGAACAAACACCAGGUGCUAACAUCUGAGNNCAGUGGUGUUCCUGGUGAAGUCCGUGGAUUGGCACAUUUGCACCAAAAGUAUGGCAAACUGCCAUGGAAAGACGUAAUGCAAGGUGCAAUUGAGACUGCUCGCUAUGGGUUUCCUGUCACAGCCGAUCUGGUUCGUUACAUGGCUUCUGCCACGGCAGGUGCGACGGCCAAUUUCCUUGUUGAUGACCCAAACUGGGCCAUCGAUUUCGCACCUAAUGGCACUCUGUUACGACUCAACGACACCAUCACUCGUCAACGCUAUGCUUCAACUUUGGAAGCCAUUGCAGAACGUGGCCCUGACGCCUUUUACACUGGCCCCAUCGCCGAAGCCAUGAUUGAUACGCUGCAAGCAGCCAAUGGAACAAUGACCAUGGAAGAUCUCAAGAACUACACGGUUGCAAUCCGUGAUCCUGUCGAGAUCGACUACAGAGGAUACAAGCUCAAGAGCGUAAGUGCGCCGGCAUCAGGCGGCGUGGUACUGUCCAUCCUGAAGAUCGUGGAGGGUUAUGAUACCAUGGGCGAAGAAGCGUACCUGAAUCUCAGCACUCAUCACCUUGAUGAAGCAACACGCUUCGGAUACGGCUUCCGUGCUUCGAUGGGAGACCCUCUGUUCGUUGAAGGUAUGGAUGAGUAUCAAGCCGAGAUCAUCAACGCGACCACGGCGGCAAAUGUCCGUCAUCUCAUCUCGGAUACCCACACCCUCAAUGUAUCGGCGUAUGAUCCUGCCAAUCUAGAAAUCAAGGAUACACCUGGAACCUCGCAGGUAGUCACUGCCGACAGCUCUGGCAUGGCGAUCUCGCUCACCACAACAGUCAAUCUUUUGUUUGGUAGCCAGCUCAUCGUUCCAUCAACUGGAGUAAUCAUGAACAACGAGAUGAACGACUUUUCGAUCCCAGGAACAAAGAACGCCUUUGGCCUCGAUCCUUCAGAAAGCAAUUUUGUGCGUCCCGGAAAGAGACCGAUGUCCUCGAUUGCUUGCACGAUCGCUGAAUACCCCGACGGCUCUCUCUACUUUGUCACGGGCUCUGCGGGAGGUAGUAGAAUCAUCACCGCAACGUUGCAGACAUUGUGGCAUGUCUUGGACCAGAACAUGACUGCUGCCGAGGCGUUGGCAGCACCUCGUCUGCAUGACCAGCUUUCUCCUAACUAUGUGAGCUUCGAGUAUGCAUACGACAACGCGACUGUGGAUUAUAUGAAGAGUUUGGGACACAACGUCACUUGGGUAGCCCCAGGGCAGAGCACAGCACAGUGUUUGCGAGUGUUGAGCAAUGGCACGUUUGACGUCGCUAGUGAGCCUCGCCAGCUGAACUCGGGUGCAUAUGCUGUAUAA